AUGACCACUAUAAACCCAUUUGAUCUUUUGGGUGAUGACGACACGGAGGAUCUAAGUCUGCUUAUUUCUGCCCAGCAGCAGAAAGCAACGGCUUCGGCUCCAGCAAAGGAGGCUCUAGCUAAGGUUCAGCAGGCGGCUAAGCCUGCUGCUAGGCUUCCCUCUAAGCCUCCACCACCUGCUCAGGCUGUGAGGGAGGCAAAGAAUGAAGGUGGUCAGCGUGGAAGAGGUCGUGGUGCAGGACGUGGGGGUGGUCGUGGCCGUGGAUAUAAUCGAGAUUCUGCUGACAGUGAAAAUACAUUUGGAAACAACAAUGAAUUACCUGGAGGGUAUAGGGUUUCAGAAGAUGGAGAUGCUAGAAAUCCAUCUGAAAGGCGACCGUAUGGUGGACCUCGUGGAGGUGGGGGUUUCCGUGGUGGUCGCCGUGGCGGUUUCAGUAAUGGGGAGACUCCUGAUGGUGAACGUCCUCGAAGGGCAUUUGAUCGCCACAGUGGGACUGGGCGAGGAAACGAGCUUAAACGUGAGGGAUCUGGUCGUGGAAAUUGGGGUGCAGCCACUGAUGAGAUUGCCCUGGAAACUGAAGAACCUGUUAAUGAAGGAGAGAAGAACACUGAUGUUGAGAAGGAACCAGUGCAAGAUGAUGUCAGUGAUGCUAACAAGGAUUCUUCUGCAAAUGAACAAGAAGAGAAGGAGCCUGAGGAAAAGGAGAUGACUCUGGAGGAGUAUGAGAAAGUACUGGAAGAGAAGAGAAAGGCACUGCUCGCUCUUAAAUCAGAGGAAAGGAAGGUCAAUUUGGACAAGGAACUUGAAUCCAUGCAACUUCUGUCCAACAAGAAGAACGAUGAUGAAGUCUUUAUCAAAUUGGGUUCUGAUAAAGAUAAGCGCAAAGAGGCAGCUGAGAAGGCCAAAAAGGCUGUAAGUAUAAAUGAGUUCCUUAAGCCGGCUGAAGGGGAGAACUACCAAUCCGGUGGCCGUGGCAGGGGCAGGGGACGUGGUAGAGGAGUAUAUGGUGGAAGCAAUAGGAACGACAUGCAAGCCCCAGCUAUUGAAGAUGUUGGACAGUUCCCUUCCUUGGGUGGAAAGUAA